CUCUAGCGGCGACCCCUUCUCCAAGCUUCUCUCUCUUUUAUAAAUACGUAACUCUUCUUCUCUUCUCAAACCCUUUCUCUCUCUUCUUUCUCUCUCAUCAGCUGCGCCGUCGAUUUCCACCAUGUCAACCGUUGUUGCUUCUUCACCUGACACCACAAAAGCUGCAGAUUUAAUGCAGAAUUUGUCCUUGGAUUCUGCUGAGCCUAGGACCAUCGCUGUUCCAGAGCCUGCAAAGAAGGCUGGACAUGGUCAAGCUAACGAGGUGCCGAAGACAUUUAAUCCAAAUGCUAGCUAUGUUCCUAAUGGACAUCCUUCUAUUUCAUACUAUUAUGGAGGCUAUGAUGGGCAAGGCGAUUGGAACGAUUGGAAUGUUUACCAAAAUUAUGUGAAUGCUAAUGGAGGAAUGGCACAGGGUGUUUAUGGAGACAGUGGUUCUUACAUGUACCCUCAAGGUUAUGGUUAUGCACCAUAUGGAUCGUAUCCGUCACCCAGCACAUCUCCAUCCCUCCCACAUGAUGAUAAGCUCUAUGGGCUGCAGCAGUACCAGUAUCCUUCUUAUUAUCAGCCUUCAGCUUCUGCCAAUGGGACAUAUGGUGCUACUGCUAACAAGACCAAUGUCCAUGGAGGGAAAACUUCAACCCCUGUUACUGCUGAACAUGUCCCUUCGUCAGUCAUGAAUAAAGGAAGCACCACUACUAUGACCAAUGGGUAUUCUUCAAAUAACAAUGUGUCAAAUGAUUCUUACCAAAGGGCUGGCUAUGCUGCGUAUGCUCCUGUGUCAGGAUAUGCUGGUACUUAUGGGACUCAACCAUCGUACCCUUCAGAUCCCUUGCUAUUUUCUGAUAGGCAGUCAAAGAAUGGAUCAAAAACUGGAUAUUCUACACCAGCUGUGCCUCGCAAAGAUUUUUCCUCUCAAAGGAAUUCAUCUCUUUCCCAGCCACUUCCACAAUACUCGAAUUUGCAUGGCUAUUCAUCUGGACUGGGACCGUAUUCUGGAUAUCCUAAUGGGAUGUACCCAAGCAACACGAUGUACAGCCAAUAUGGAAACACAUACAGAGGCAGGUCUAACUAUGGAUCUACUUAUGGAUCCAGAACAGGUUCCUAUGAUAACAAGUAUAGAUCCACAAGCUAUGGCCGUGGUUUUGACCAUGUCAAAAGAAAUGUGGAUGGCUUUGGUGAGCUGAACAAGGGACCGAGAGGUUCCAAUAGUUCUGAUGAUAAAAAUGACAAAAGUCUUGGACCUGUCACAUUAUUACUCAAAGGACAGGACCUUCCUAUUAAGAGUGACGAUGAUAAAGAAGUGCAUCCAGUUCCCGACAAGCAACAGUACACUGGGGAAGAUUUAUCUGAGAAUUAUUCUGAUGCAAAGUUUUUUGUCAUCAAAUCUUAUAGUGAGGAUGAUAUCCACAAGAGUAUGAAAUAUAAUGUGUGGACAAGUACCCCUAAUGGCAACAAGAAACUAGAUGCUGCAUAUCUGGAAGCCAAGGAGAAGUCUGCUGACUGUCCCAUAUUUUUGCUAUUUUCGGUCAAUACUAGUGGCCAAUUUGUUGGUUUAGCUGAGAUGGUGAGUCCAGUUGAUUUUGACAGGACCGUCGAGUAUUGGCAACAGGACAGGUGGACUGGUUGCUUUUCUGUGAAGUGGCGUAUCAUUAAGGAUAUCCCAAAUAAUGUGUUGAGACACAUAACUCUAGAGAACAAUGAAAACAAACCUGUUACAAACAGUAGGGACACUCAAGAGGUCAAGUUUGAGAAGGGUGUUGAAAUUCUCAAAAUUUUCAAGGAGCAUUCAAGCAAAACAUGCAUUCUGGAUGAUUUUGCAUUUUACGAGGCUCGCGAAAAGACAAUUCAGGAGAAAAAAGCUAAGGAACAACUGUCAAAAGAGAUAGUCAACAAGUCCAAUGAUUCGGCAACUGUUGGAACUGAUGUAUUGCCGAAAUCUCAGGAUGGAACCUUGGUGAAUGAAUCAGUUGUUCCAGAUGCAGCAGGGACAGGGGAGAAGCUUGUAGAAGCGAAUGGACCUACUUCACCUACUGAACCACCUGCAGACUCUUUGAACAGCAGCUUAACCAGUGACGAUGUCAAGCAGUAGACCGCUAAAAUGUGAUUUUGAAUACCCCAAAGCCCGGUUUAUCCUUUUUCUUGUUUUUCAUUAGUAUGGAAAAAGUUGGUUUUUGUUUUGCUUUUUAAAAAUGUUCUCUAGCUUAUUGGACCUAAAUCUUGUAGUGGAGUAUAUUAGUUUUAGCUUUUUAUUAGCUAGUCAAAUACAUGGCAGUAUUGAUAUUGUGUGUGGGAGUGGGUCUCUUUAAUCCAAAAAGAUAUGUUUCAGUUUUUUCUGUUUGAUUUUCAAUGGAAAGCAGUGUCAAUGCUAUUAAACCUCA